AUGCGACCCGCAGAAGGGGCACUGCGCUAUCGACUACUGGAGUUGCGUGCACGGGUGUGGUACGCUCUAUUGCCCAACGAUCGCCCGACGCCUCUAUUUACCCUGGUGAGUGUCAUUGUAAACGGCGCUCAGCUUACUCAUGGCUUUUCUAUUUUGGUGUCGCUUCCAUGCAGCGCCCUCACAAUGCAGUGGUGUGCGUUGGGGCUUUCAAACGCCAUUGUAAACAUGAUCUUCGCAAUUGCACUUAUGUGGCGAAUGCGAUAUCGCAUUGAGCAGGGCAUACCUACGGAAUGGAGUACGUUGCGUCUGUUCAUUAUGGACCCAAUCAACAUCACUUUUUUGUUCUACGUCGCCUGGGAGAUCCUUUGGAUGGUAGGAGCCUCAUGGGUGAUCACAACGCAGCGACUGCAGGAUGCCUGUGGCACGUACAUAUCGAUUCAGCUUGGCUGCUGCUGCGUGUUCCUUAUAAUGGGCUGCGCGCUACUGUUGAUGACGUUUGUGACUGAGCUGCUCAAGAGACCGCGGUGGCGGCUUCGUGCGAAUGAUAUGUGGCGGCGAAGGCACCCCACUCGCGGGUCUGCCCCUUUAAACCUCACCAAUAUACUUGGUGAUGAUCACCGCACGGACAUGGGGACCAUUCCGAGGAGUACACUGCACCACCCGCAGGAGCAGCAGGAGCAGGGGGAAGAGAUGGCAUUUACGGGGCAGGCGUUGUCAUACUCGUCGAACAUGGUGGCGGGGAACGCGGAUGCCAGUGCGUUUAGGGAGUGGAGCAACCCGCAGGGCAAUACACUUUUUGUCAUGGAGAACGAAGCGAGUCCCCCACACGGGACCAUCUGUUUUUCUCCUCGAGCGUGUGACCAGAAUGAAUAA